CUGCUAUAUAUUCCCACAAACUGAUCAGAACUUCUCUACUGCUGCCCUGGAAGUAGUCAGCCUCUUACUGACCACCACAUACCUCUGAACAUACUGAUCAGGAAACGAGGUAACAUGACUGAAAUGAAUGAGGCUUUAAAAGCAUCUAUCUGAAGGUGUCCAUGUCCGGUUGCGUGGCCAGGUGUAAGAGUGCCCUCUCCUGGGUGGAACAUAGCAGUUUGCCUUGCUCGGCUGAGACGGCUCCCUCCUUUGGGAAGCUUUCCUUGCGUUACAAAUAGCUCAAGGUGCCACUUUCAGGCCAUUUUGCAGACCUCUUCUGAAUGGUUCUUUGGCAUCAAAAUUUGCAGCAGAGUUUCCUGUAGAUUCCUUCUAGGAAUAACAUUAUCUACUUAUUAUGAAAUGCAUACAAGAAAAGAGGAGCUCUUUUCAGACAGAAAAGGAGUUACAUUAGGAGGAUUCACCCCAUUUCUAGGUGUUCACAAACAAGUUCAAGUUUAUCCAGAGAGCCAUGGCAGAAGGUGGAUUUGAUCCCUGUGAAUGCAUUUGCUCUCAUGAACAUGCAAUGAGAAGACUGAUUAAUCUGCUGAGACAAUCCCAGUCGUACUGCACAGACACAGAAUGCCUUCAGGAAUUGCCAGGACCAAACUCCUCCGGUGACAAUGGCAUCAGCUUUGCCAUGAUAAUGAUGGCCUGGGUUGUGAUUGCACUUGUCUUGUUCUUACUGAGACCUAGUAAUCUAAGACGAUCAAACACAGCCGGAAAGGCAACCAGCCAACACAAUGGACAAGAACCACCAGCCCCACCAGUGGACUAGAGCAUUCAGUAUUGGAAAAGUUCAGCAGCUAAAACCUUGCACGACCAAAUGAACGAAGUGACCAGAUUACUCCUAAACCGCACUCAAUAUGGUUUCCUUUUCUCAUUUAUAUAGAGCAGAGUUACCAAUCAGCAGUAAUCUUCAUGAACUGCUUUUAGUGACUUCAAUUUUAAGUUAAUUUUCGCUUUGUAUGUUAUUACAAUUCCUAUAAGAUUGUAAUUUGAAUAAUGGUAAGGCAUUGCAGGGGUUUUUUGGUUGUUACUGUUACUGUAGACAUUCCACUCAGUCUCUUUCUAUUACAGUGAUCCUAAUUUCUUUGCCAUGAUUUCUGAUAAGCAUUGAACGAAAAAGAAAAUCCCAGUCCAUCUAUAAGAAUGAAAGGUUACUGACCUUUCUUCAGAUUAAUUCAUACUACUUCUCUAGUAUGCUUUUGAGAGUUAUAUUGUGGUUGGAAUUACGUAGUUAUGUCCUGAAAAAUAGAAAUUGUUUUAUAUUUGCCCUGGUUUCAGAGCAGCUUUUCUUCUGGUCUUUGGACCACUAACACAGUUUCCAGGAUUGCUGGCAAAAGCAUGGAUUGUCCACCAGAAUUAUACUCUGUGUGUGUGUGUGUGUGUGUGUGUGUGUGUGUGCGCGUGCGCGUGCGCGCGCACGCACACAUAUGUAAGUGAAUGUGAUGAUUGCCACUGUCAGAGCUUUGAUCUAUAUAUUUGGAACUUUACACAAAAGAUUAUAUCACCAAAAAAGUUAAUUUAGCCAUUUUCAUUAAUAAAUUGUAUGUCUUAUUCAAUACAUUGUCAAAAAAACAUACUCUAAACCCAGUUGUGUUAAUAAUUAAAUUUAUCAUUUAAUCCAAUGAUAAAUUUAGUAAGAAGAACCUGGUAAAAUUUUCUGUUCUGGCAUAGUCUUUUCAUAAUUGGUACCUUAAGAAGUUUUCAGCCAUGAUGUAAUGUGUAUUGGACAGGAUUAAAUCAGACCAAGAAGUUAUCACAGUUACCAACUUUUGGUAUACAACAUGUACUGGUUUUUUCACAGCAAUUCUUAACAUUUCAUCCUUACCUACUAGUAAUUGUAGAAUAACAAACUUGCAGGUGACUACAUAUGACAUGUCUCUUCCCUCUAAUAUUUGUGUGUCUGCGUGUAUGUUCAAAUGCGUGUAUGUGUGGCUGUGCACACACCUGUGCACAUCUCCCAUUAUGGCAAAUGGGAAUUACUUUUUUUAUGUACAUUUAUUUAAGAACAUUUUAAAGAUGUACAGAAAAGCAACACUGUAUAUUUUUCUUGUUCAAUUUGAAAAAUUGAUCAGAAUAACGUAAAGAACAUUUUUAUGUUACCAACAUAAAACUUCUUUCCUUAAAGGUCAGUAGAACAGACAUACAGGAAUUCUAAACCUUAGUCUACAAACCUUUAUUUCAUGAGGAUUUCAUUUAUGGAGCUGAAGGAACCAAUUGUUAAAGUUCAAAAAGAUUUGUAUUAAUGGGCUUGUCUUGGUUAGAAAGACAGGUAUCUGCUAAGGCAGAAGACUCCCUUGGAAUGGAAAAUGUAAACCCCUUCCCUCCAAAUUAUUAUGAUUUUGAUAUUAAGGGGCUCUCAGGCAAAGAUAUGGGAAUAGGAAUAACAGAUCUUUACUAGUAUGCGCAAUAAAGCAAACAAACAGCAACAACAGCUCUGGCAUUAGCCCCAAAUAGAACAGGACCCGGUGACCCUUCCCGGCCGCAGGCAUUUCCCCUCGUGCAGUUCCGGGCACGGCCGGCAGGGGCGCUGGUGGCUCCCGGCCGGACAGGGCAGGGGCGGGGAUUCCCCCGCGCCGGCAGGGGGCGCUGUGGCGCGGUCUCGGGCCAAACGCGGUAAUGGCGGCUCGGACGGGACGGGAAGGGAUGGGAGAGAGGCUUUGCUGCACAAACCCCCCUGGGACAUAGAUCCCGGGCCCCUGCAGGACUCUCGGGAGCAGCAGGCAGGGCCGGCAAGGUGUCUCGGCAGGCAGGGCGUGCGG